AUGGCUCCAGGCGGUAAAGAACCCGAGCAACAGUGGCCUCCGCGAUCCCCCCACGAAGCACUUCUCAGCACGCCAAAAGGCCGAGAGCGAUACCGCGAAAUGCUCCAGACCUCGCCGAGUCCUUCACCCUCUCGCGGUAGUCGCCUCAACGCAGGCCCUCCACUAUCCGCAAGCAUCGGACUCGGAAUCAAACGCGGUAGCGACGACGAUGAGGAAGACGACGAGGAGACUCUGCAGCUAAAGCUACAGGAAAUCCAGGCAAAGUUGCGACUCAAGAAGCUACAAAAUGCGAGAGGAAGAACAGAUACUGGAAACAGUACCGGUGGGAGAAGUGCGCUUUCAGCCUCGCCUUCCAUCUCGGAUCGCCUGCAGAGGCCCAAGAGCCCCGGACGCAACCGAAAUGCCAUCCAGGUCCCUGCGUCACCAGUGCGAAAGCUUCAAGCUACACAGCCACUUACAUCGCCCAGUCGGGUGCUCCUGGGUAUUGACAAGGGGCUCACGGCAAAAGACAUAUCGCUGAAGCGGGCUCCAAGCCAUAAACGUCUAAACAGUGCGCUAAGUUCCCGACCGGGUGGCGCAGCGUCGUCCUCUGGAGCUCCGCAAGCAAGCAGUUUCAACGAGCGUCUUGCAGGGCUAAGAACGGAUGAGGCAUUUCGCAAGGAACGCCAAGCGAAGAUUCGAAGCGUACGCUCCAACGCCUUCGCUAUUGGAAAGGACGAGAUGGAUUUAUACAAACAGGAUGCUGUGGAAAUCCCAGAUGUUCCGCUUGCACCACCCACCUUCUCUAGAGACCAGGUUCUGGGGAAGAUGAAAUCCACGGGGGGGUUUCUGACGAGAAGUCGCACAGUGCCGUCUGGUAAGCUCACGUACGGCACCAGCGACGACUCAGUAAAUGACGCCAACGCAGCCUUGUCCCUGGCCCCUACAUCCGAUAAGGAGCAGCCGUCAUAUGAGCUAUACUCAAGCUUUCACCUCUCUCGGCGAAUACUUCCCCACAAUGUCCUCACUCGCAGUGUAUCUGGCAAGAAAUCCUACACCAUCAAAGACUUGCUGCGCGAAGUAAAAGCACCCGAUUUCAGCCUGCCCGACAUCGAACAGGACGUUGUCGUGUUCUGUAUCCUGGCAAAGAAAUCAGAACCUCGUACACACAAGCCAGGGACAGGCAAGAAGAAGGACGAAGACAGAAGCAAAUAUAUGGUCAUGACCCUGGUUGAUUUAGACUUUGAAGUUGACCUGUUCCUUUUCAACAGCGGCUUUGAGCGAUUUUGGAAGUUGAGCGAAGGUACCGCCAUUGCCAUUCUCAACCCAGUCAUUAUGCCGCCGCCGCCAGGCAAACAGGAUACAGGACGCUUUAGUCUUGUCGUCAACUCGGACGAAGAUACCAUUCUGGAAAUUGGAAUUGCUCGCGAUUUGGGGUUCUGCAAGUCUGUCAAAAAAGAUGGCAACCCAUGUGGCUCGUGGAUCAACAAGAAGCGAACGGAAUUUUGCGAAUAUCAUUCAAACGAAGCGGUUAAGAAGCAAAAGUCGUCACGAAUAGAGAUGAAUAAUAGUAGUUUCGGAGGAGGUCAGAAACGCAGCGAAAAAUCUGACAAAUGGCAGCGAUGGAAGAGGGAUACCAAGAACAAUUUUGAUCGCGAGACGCAGACUCAUUGGUUUGUGACGCGCUCAAUGAGCUCAUCGGACUUGAUUGACGGGAAAGACGUCAGUCAAGUUGAUCGGAAAGAGCGAGCUGAGUUUUUGAGGAGAAACCUCGAGGCGAAAGAGAAAGAGAGAGAAAUCAUGAACAAGCUGGGCCAAAUAGGCAAUGCCGCUGGACGAGAGUAUAUGAAGUUUUCGGGAGCCAGGACCGCUACAGGUUCUCGAGCUGGUGAAAGCCAAGCCUCGGGAGGCCCGCCCAGCACAGCAGACUCUGCGUCAGAGGCGGCAACACUGGACCUGUUGCGAGGAGGUGCUGACCGACAGAUUCACCUGAGCCCAGUCAAGCGGAAACGCAACGACAGCUCGCAGUCUAGCGUCGUGACUUCUGCUAGUAACAGGUCAUCGGCAUACGGCUGGGGCAGUGACCUCAAGGAGAAGCUGUCGAGCAUGAAGGCCGCCAGUGCAGGGCAGCCAACAAAGUCGCGCUCGCCGGUCCGGAAGAAGACGCGCUUUGUCACAGAAAAGGGCAUUCGAGAGGCUGGGAGAGAGAGCCUGGGCAUGGAUCUAUCUACCAGGCAAAUCGCCAUGGAGGAUGACGACGAUGAAUUGGAGAUUAUCCGCUGA